UUCUGCCUGUACACCCAAUCAAUUGAGAUCUCCUCUCUCUUUCCUGCCUUCCCAAGCGAACUAUAGUUGCUAAAACAACAAAAUAUCUCUUUCUAUCCAUUAAUCCCUCCACCUUUCUAAGACAGAUCAGCUGCAAACAACUAAAGUUUUGUAACUAGAAGUGUACCGUUUCACCUAAUUGCACUGUCUCCAGCCAUAAUAAAAGCCCUCUCUUCCCUCCAACACGUAUCAAACAUAAAAAACACACUCCUGCUAGUGCAAGUGCAAGCAAAACAUCCCAAACUCCCAAGCAAAACACAGUACUAGCCUCCACGCAAUAAAAUAACUUCAAAGAUGACAAAACAACGGGCUCUUUUCUCGCUCUCAAUUUUACUUGUAUUUCUCUUACAUUGCAACACAACUUUAGGCCAGCCCGCCGCAGCUCCAGCCCAGCCAGCAAAUGCACCAGUCCAGCCUGCAAAUGCUCCAGUCUUGCCAGCCACUCCGCCAGUAGUUCGGCCUGCCAAGGCCCCAGCCCCAGUCCAAUCUGCCAAGGUCCCACCAACACAAAAAGGUGUCCCUGAUGUCACCAAAAUCCUUGGAAAGGCCGGUGGGUUCUCAGUCUUUAUCCGCCUCUUAAAGAGUACCGGAGUUUCUGAGCAAUUAUAUGGCCAGCUCAACAAUUCAAAUAUUGGGUUUACCAUCUUUGCUCCUACUGAUGCUGCAUUUUCGAGCCUCAAAGCGGGCACUAUAAACUCUUUGUCCGACCUACAAAAGACCCAACUUGUACAAUUUCACAUAUUAAACACAGUCGUUACUCUGUCAAAUUUCCAAACUUUGAGCAAUCCAGUGCCCACAGAGGCUGGAGAUACCAGUGCCGGUGAGUUCCCACUAACCGUGAUGACUGCUGGCAACCAAGUGAACAUCUCUACCGGUCUUGUUAAUACCACGUUGGGUGGAACUGUGUAUUCGGAUAACCAGCUUGAUAUAUAUCAAGUGGAGAAAGUGCUUCUUCCUCCUGACAUUUUUAAUCCAAAGCCUAAGCAUAAGGCACCAGCCUCGGCACCAACAUUGUCAACGCCUAAGAGUAAGGACAAUGGUGAUGAGGAUUCUCAGUCUCUUCCUACCGAAGUGGAUGAGUCUAGUGCAGCAAGUCUCGGCGGGCAUGGAAUAUUGGUGUCCAUUGAAGUUAUUUUGGUCGCAUUCAUUCUCACGAAGGGACUUCAUGGUGUAUAUGUACCUGCUUAAUAUUCUUAGGUGGCUUCCAAUUUUCUAGUGCCGCGUGAUUUUGCUGAGUUUGAGUGAACGGUUGAAAUCGAUUCUGAGUGCUUUGAAAUAAUUUUCAUCUUUUCCUUUGCAAUAUGUAUUAAUGCUAAUCUCUGAUGAGAACUUAUCUUGUCUUUAAUUUUUAAAAAUAUUUGUUAUUUUUCAUUUUCAAGUUCCAAUUUAAUUUCUAUGUACUCGAGAUUCUUUUU